AUGAUCUACGCAGCUCUAAAGAUGUGGGAGCGAAGUUUCAAAUUCUUCACUAUGGCUUGUUCGAUACCGACGCCUUCCUGCUCAUCAUUGUUGCUGGCAGCGGCAAAAAGGCUUGUCAUUGUUUCUAUUAUUUACAAAGGAGAGUAUUCUCUUGAGCCGUACAUGAAGUUGGAGGAGGCAUUUUUGACGUCCAACCCAGCUGAUCUUCGCGAGGUUAUUGAGAAAAAUUUAUCGAUAUUUGCUACGACCUUCAUGUCGCUAUCGGUGAGGGAUUUAGCAGCUCGGGCACAUUUAGAUUCCCUCGAAACUGCUGAAACACAACUUCUCGAUAUGGCUGGCUCAAAGUCAAUAUUUGUGAAGAUUGAUCAAAGAAAUGGAUGUGUUCGUUUUCUUGACAAUCCUGAGAGGUAUGAGUCUCUUGAAGUGUUGGACUCGCUCGUCCAAAAGCUAAAGGCGACAAUGAAUUAUGACACGACGUUGAGGCGGAUACUGUCAGAGGAGACAACGAUCAGUGUUUUAGACGACUCCGAGAGGAUUCGAGGGAUGCGUGAGAAUCGGCGCGCCCUUAUCGACGAUCGACACAUGAACAUUAUUGUGCGUUUGGAAAGGGUGUUCGGCGUUGAACCACAGAUAGCCUCCGAGUGGCUUUUGGACUAUGGCCAACUCGAGGCCUUAAAUGCCUUCUUCGAGCCUAACAGCGCCAAGGUUCUCAUGGUUGCUUUUGCAGACCAAAACUUUAACGUUCACAGCACUGCUAAGGAAGCCUUCAAGAUUCAGAAAAAGAAUCUUCGAGGAACCAAGCGGUACUUCUUCCACAAUGGUCAACUCCCACUCAAAACGGAGACUUGUGUUUUCAUGCGUGUCUUCUUCGAUGGUGCAUUGACUACUAACAAUCUCAACACGGAAACACUUACAUGCAAGCUUGAUCCAGCAGCUGGAUUUGUGAUACCAAUGUUUGAGUACCUGAAAAAGUUCAUCCUUCCGGGAGUUCAAGUGCAGGCAGCCAACAUGCAUCAACUUACGCCUCAACAGCAUGACGACUACUGUGACUACUUGGACAACUACAUUAACAGCCUUGAAACUGUCAUCGCCUGCUCACAGGAGCACGUCACAUUGCCACCCUACAUGCUUUAUGAGCAAGUCCACUUUAAUGAUAUGGAGGGCCUCAUUGCGCUCUCAAAAACACCAGAGGGGCUGAGCCUCAUAGAGGAGAACGCCAGUGCCUGGAUGAAAAAGAUAUAUGAGGAAACUAAGGCAGUGGAGCUGAUUCAUGUAGAGAUAAAUCAGACAGGGCCAGAUGGGGAGUUUCGAUUUUGGAAAUGUCAAAUGACACGGAUGAAUUCCUUGGUGCAAGAAUUAUCUCGGCCCGAUAUCAAAAAUGUGAUUUCUGUACUCGAACAAGCCAAGUCAGGAAUCAUACCUACUUGGGUGCUGUUGGACAAGAAAGUGAAGUAUGCCAAUGCUGAGGCUGCGGGAAACGUCAAGUACCUCAGCACCAUCGAGAAAUUGUGCGCUCCGCUUGUCGUCACAGACCUUAUUACCAACCAAAUAAUCUUCACCUGUAAGCGUUAUUUGACACACAAUGGAACAAAGUCGAUAUGGGAGCAGGAGAGCGACGAAAUGGUGGCCCGAAUGACUGACUGUAUUGGGGUGAACUUGGCAUAUCAAACAGCCUACCGAGUGACACGGCAGGAGAUGAUCGAUGCCAACGAAAAGCGUGCCUUUAACUUCUCCGAGGUCCAGAUAUUUGGUAACAUGAACCUUUUUACUCAGCGUCUCGACUACUUGACACGAGUACUCAAAACUCUGAAGCAGUAUUCUGUUCUUCACGACUUCGUUCUUGAAGGUAAAGAACCGCUGAUAGUUAAAUUCGAUCGCCUCAAGUCGAUGAUCAUAUCAAGGCCUUACGAUUAUCUUGAUCACCGAAAUUCCAUGUUUGAGUCAGACUACGAUGAAUUCAAAGAACGGAUUUCCGAAAUUCACGACAUGUUGCUGAACAUCAUUAGUGUUAAUUUUACCAAACCGAGCAGUUUGAUGAAUGCAGUUAGGCUACAGGAGCGUCUAGAGACUAUCAACAUUCCGGGACUCGACCACGGCACUCGAUACCGCCAAUUGUGCGACAAGUUGAUGCAGGAGAUUAACACCAUAAUGGAUCAAUUCCAGACAAAUUUUGCAUCGCCUCCCUUGGGCCGCAAUAUGCCUCACUUUGGAGGCCGAAUAGCAUGGGCGAGGAACUUCUAUAGGCGUCUAGAAGAGCCAAUGAAUGCCAUCUGCACAAAGGCCCCCAAAGCCCUCAUCUCACCGGAGGGUCAAGAUCUCGUCUCGGCAUACAACGAAGUUACAGCAAAGAUUGUCGGGUAUGAGAUUGCCGUCUAUCAAACAUGGACUAAACUGAUUCUUAAAAAGCUAAAUGGUCUCUCGGCCCCGCUAAUCGUCUACAGUCAUCAGCCUGCGCCAUUCGGUAGACCCUUCGUAAAUUUGGAUCCUGAUGUUAUUGGUCUCCUUCGUGAGAUUUUUGUGCUGGACAAACUUCAAUGUCCGAUCCCAUCAUUUGCUAAGGAAACUCUUCUCAAGGCCAAAUACAUCAAAUAUCACUAUGAGCAACUAAAGAAUGUUCUAAGCACACUGACAGACUUUGAGAGGCUGUUAAAGCAGAUCGACGACAUCUCCGUCAAUCGAAUUGACCUUGUGUUGUCAGAGCUAGGUCAGACGACAAUACUCUCAUUGCCAGGUCCAGAUGAUCCAGCUUUAGAGAUUUUUGAUCUCGUUCGCCUUGCAAAGGGACAGAUUCUUGCGGCUGCAGACACCAUGAACGCUCUAACAAUCACUGUACUCAAAGCUACCGUUGAAAUGCUAAAUAUUCUUCUGGAGGACUACGACAAGUUUGUGGAUGAGAAUAACCUGGAAAAGAUUAUUGCCGAUGAAGUGCAAAUCCGUUAUGCACAUAUGGAAAACCAGGAACCAAAUGGAGGCAGCCCGAACCGAACGAAAGUUGCAGACCUAGAGGCAGACACAACAGGUAAAUCCACAGUGGUGACGAAGGGUAAUAGCGGAGCAGAGUCGCAAACUGCGACGCAAGCGAAGGAGGAGACCAAGUUGCCUCCAGAGGUACAAGUCUCCCUUAAAACCGCAGUGCAAGUGGCCCUUGCAGCGGAUGAGAUGAUGAUGAGUCUUGGUAGCCGCGCCACCGAGGCUGUUUGUCAGUCUGUGCGUUCUGCGCUUGAUUCCAUUUGGAACUGUCUCGCCGUUAAAGAGGCUGCAAGCAUUCUCAAGGACAUGCCUUUGGGGAUGAAAGUCAAAGCAGAGGGUACGCGGCCGCAGCCCUUGGUACGGUGCUACGCGCGAUUGGUGGGGACCCAAGUAGACAUUUGGCCGCGGCCAGCGGAGAUCCAGGCAGCGCUGCGUAGUAUUGUGGGUGGCAUAGAGGGCAGCUGCAAAGGUGUUCUUGCAUGGGGCAUGGAUGGACGCAAGCGAGAUAUCAACGAGAAGGCUCUCACUGCUGGUCCGGUUGGCACCGAGCUGGCGCAUGAUGGCACCUCUGUCACGGCAGGCAGUAAUUCCCAGACUUCAGCAGAUGAGAAGCACGCAAGCCUGUUUGUGCCGAGCUCCAAUAGCAGUACGCGGACAGAAGCUGGGGAAACGGGCAGUUCAUUAUCGCCGUCGGGACCCCCAGUCCCCUCGGGGUCGACGUGGGGCGUUGAGGAGGAGGGGGGUGCAAACGCCGACACUCAGGGCAUCCCAGGUUCUGGCGGAGGCACCAAUUCCGACAGCAAUUCGAGAAAGAUGCGGAGCUCGAGAAACACGUUGUUAGCUAAACAAAUUACUGGAAUGUUAGAGACUGAUAUAACCCUUCGCUUUAACACGUACAAGGAGGUUCAUGGCGAUAGGGAGAUUUAUCGUCUACGCAACUUCAUUUCCUCCGGCUUGCAACAAAUGAAGAAGAUAGUUUUUCAACAUGAUGGAAUUAUCUACGAGGCCGAGUCUCUCACCUCCUACUUGGAACAAUUUAGUCAUAUCUACAAGUGUGACGUUGACGCUGAGUUGGAGGCCUUUCUUGGGGCAGAACCUGGCAUGCACGAAUUUCAGAUGAAAUUCUCAGAUUUACAAAAAUACGAAGAGCAGGUGGAGCGGGAACCCGACCACUAUGUUGUCGGUGCCCUCUACGUUUGCUUGGAUGACUUCAAGCGCAAAAUAAGAAUUAUUCUCAAUAAUUAUGUGCAAGCCUUCGUCAGUAAGUUUAUUUCCCCACUGGACGAAGUUCAAAACCAGAUCGAGGAGUGGGAUCGAAAUCUCGCAAAAGGUGUAGCAAAUCUUGAUGACAUUGCCUUCGUCAUGGACAUCCUAGCUGAUAUCCGAGAGAAGGACAUUAAGCAGGACAUGACGCUCAUGCAGUGUGAGGACGCAACAAACCUCAUCUCUAAGUACAACAUGCCUUUCCCAAAAGAACUCGCAGACCGUGUGGAGUCGUGUCGAUAUGCGUACUUUCGGAUUAAAGAAAAGGCGCUGCAAAAGCUUGACUACAUCCUUAGUAUCCAAGCUGGGUAUAGAGACGGUCUUCUUGAGGGCAUUGCAGCUCUAAAAGAAUUAGUUUCAGAAUUUGAAACGGAUUAUGAUGAGAAAGGACCCAUGGUGUCAGGUCUACCACCACAAAUUGCAUUGGACAGACAGGUUCAGUUCAAAAAUCGCUAUGAUAACUUAACACGCAAGAUGCUGACGGCUCGCAAAGGUGAGGAACUCUUUGGUCUGCCUAUUACCGACUACUCACGUUUGGGAGGAAUUGGCAAGGAGUUGGACCUUCUGCAGCGGCUUUAUGGUCUCUAUAAUGAAGUAAAUAAAACUGUCAGUGGCUACUACGACAUCAUCUGGCGUGAUGUGAAUAUGGAAAAAAUCGCAGCCGAUUUGGAAGAAUUCCAAAAGAAAUGCAAGCGUUUGCCGAAGGCUCUCAAAAAUUGGCCAGCCUAUACAGACUUGGAGAAGAUUAUAAAUGACUUCAACGAGAAAGUGCCACUGCUAGAGAUGAUGACCAACAAGGCGAUGAAGCCGCGUCAUUGGCAGCGUCUGGCAGCUCUCACUAACUACAACUUUGAUGUGGAGUCGGAGAGCUUUAUGUUGAAGACUAUGUUAGACGCUCCGUUGCUAGAGUCGAAGGACGAUGUAGAAGACAUCUGUAUCUCCGCAGUGCGUGAAAAGGAUAUUGAAGCAAAACUCUCCGGUGUUAUCGGAGAUUGGACCCACCAAGAGCUGAAGCUCGCGGCAUUUAAGACACGUGGUGAACUGCUUCUUAAGGGGGAUCGAGUAUCUGAAAUCAUUCCCAUGCUUGAAGAUUCCCUCAUGAUUCUUGGCUCUCUAAUGAGUAACAGGUAUAAUGUGCCAUUCAGGAAGCCUAUCCAGGAGUGGGUGCAAAAGCUCAGCGUUACCAGUGAGGUACUAGAGAACUGGAUGCGAGUUCAGAACCUUUGGGUGUACCUAGAAGCGGUGUUUGUUGGUGGUGACAUCGCGAAGCAGCUGCCACAAGAGGCAAAGCGCUUUCAGACUGUUGACAAGGCAUGGGUGAAGGUGAUGGAUCGGGCUCGCGACAACCCUAAUGUUGUCGCUUGCUGUGCCGGCGAUGGCUCACUGACGGAGAUCCUACCACGUCUAUUAAAUCAGCUGGAGGUUUGCCAGAAGUCACUCUCCGGCUAUUUGGAGAAGAAGCGCCUUAAGUUUCCACGCUUCUUUUUCGUCUCCGACCCAGUGCUGCUGGAGAUCCUGGGUCAGGCUUCCGAUCCCACCGCCAUCCAGCCUCAUCUGCUGGCCAUAUUUGACAAUACCAAGAGCGUGCUCUUCUCAGAGAAGGCUCCUGAUAUUCUAGCAGCGUUUUCGAGUGAAGGUGAAAGGCUGGAUAUGUUCGUCCCGGUCAAGUGCGAGGGCCAGGUGGAGAGUUGGUUGAAUACUCUCCUUAUUACCAGUCGCCUCUCGCUCCACCUCAGCAUCCAAAAGGCCAGUUUUUUGAUCACAGAUCCUGCCUGUGAACUCAUUGAGUUCUUCACCGCUCAGCUGGCACAAAUUGGCAUAAUAGGUUUGCAGAUUAUUUGGACCAUGGAUGCCACCGAAGCGCUCAAGGAGGCCAAGUUGGAACCGAAAGCCAUGGUCAAAACAAACAAGCACUUCUUAGACCUUCUAAAUCUCCUUAUAAACGAAACUACAAAGGACUUAAAUUCUCUCCAGCGAACUAAGUUUGAGACCCUCAUCACUAUCAUGCCAAUUAUUAAUGAGAGUGCACAAAUUCAGGUCAAACAGGGUAUUAAAUCACCCGACGAUUUUGAAUGGACCAAGCAGACUCGUACUUACUUCAACGAAGAAGUAGAUGCCUGUGUUGUAUCGAUUACUGACGUCAACUUUGCUUACCAAAACGAGUUCCUCGGUUGCACCGAGCGGUUGGUUAUCACUCCACUCACGGAUCGGUGCUACAUUACCCUCAGUCAGGCCCUCAACAUGCAUCUCGGUGGUGCGCCUGCAGGUCCUGCUGGUACGGGUAAGACGGAGACAACCAAGGAUAUGGGACGAUGUCUGGGCAAGUAUGUGGUUGUCUUCAACUGUUCUGAUCAAAUGGACUUUCGUGGUCUGGGUCGUAUUUACAAGGGUUUGGCGCAAUCUGGUUCAUGGGGCUGCUUUGACGAGUUCAAUCGAAUUGAGCUGCCUGUAUUGUCAGUUGCUGCACAGCAGAUUGCCAUUGUCCUCAGUGCUAAGCGAGAUGGUAUGACCAGCUUCGUUUUCACAGAUGGCGACGAAGUUUCCCUGGACCCUGAGUUUGGCAUCUUCUUGACUAUGAAUCCGGGUUAUGCUGGGCGUCAAGAACUUCCAGAAAACCUGAAAAUUAACUUUCGUAGUGUGGCUAUGAUGGUGCCAGAUCGCCAAAUCAUUAUUCGUGUGAAGCUAGCUGCCUGUGGCUUUGUGGAUAACAUUAUUCUAUCGCGAAAAUUUUUUGUGCUUUACAAACUCUGUGAGGAGCAACUUACAAAGCAGGUUCACUACGACUUUGGCUUGCGGAACAUCCUCUCGGUGUUGCGUACUUUGGGCGCAGCACGUCGCAAGAACCCGACAGAUAGUGAGGAUCGCACGGUGAUGCGUGGACUGCGCGACAUGAAUCUCUCAAAGUUGGUGGACCAGGACGAACCGCUCUUCAGCUCCCUCAUCGAUGAUCUCUUCCCUGGGACUGUACUUGAGAAAGCCACUUAUCCUGAGCUCCAAAGAGCCAUUGAAAAUGCAACCUCGCAGUUUAAACUCGUUAACCAUCCUGCCUGGAACCUUAAAGUUGUUCAGCUCUAUGAGACGCAGAAUGUACGUCAUGGAAUGAUGGCGCUGGGACCCUCGGGAGCUGGUAAGACGGCCUGCAUUAGAACUCUGAUGGCGGCCAUGACGGAGUUCUGGGAACCGCAUCGAGAGAUGCGCAUGAAUCCCAAGGCCAUCACCGCUCCCGAAAUGUUUGGUCGAUUGGACGUCUCUACAAAUGACUGGACUGACGGCAUCUUCUCAACUCUGUGGCGUCGGACGCUGAAGAAGAAGCCCACUGAACACAUUUGGCUUAUCUUAGACGGACCAGUAGACGCCAUUUGGAUCGAAAAUCUCAAUUCCGUAUUAGAUGACAACAAGACUUUGACUCUGGCCAAUGGCGACCGUAUUCCUAUGGCUCCUAACACCAAAAUUCUCUUCGAGGUGCAUAAUAUUGAUAAUGCCUCUCCUGCCACUGUUUCUCGCAAUGGCAUGGUUUUCAUGUCGAGUUCUGUGUUGGAUUGGGAUCCAAUAUCUAAGGCUCGACUAGAUUAUAGGCCAGACCACGAAAGGAGGAAGUUCCACGAACUCUUUCGAAAUUCCUUCGCACAUAGUUAUAGAUUUGUCUCUCAGACCCUUUCCAUAAAAAUGCCGUACCUGGAAGCCUUCUUCGUGCAUCAACUCUGUACAUUGCUGGAUGGAUUGCUUCAAAACAACACAGAUAAAUACUUGGAGCGCAUCUAUAUUUUCGCACUUAUGUGGUCUAUUGGAGCUUUGCUGGAAUUGGACGAUCGAAGCCGUUUGGAGAAGUUCUGGAGAACAGAACUCAGUGUCAAACUUGAUCUUCCGUCUGUUGAUGACUCGAAAUCCGAGACCAUUUUUGAGUACUUUGUUGGUCCCAAUGGUGAAUGGGUUCAUUGGUCAACUCGUAUUGAUGAAUACAUCUACCCGACUGACAAGGAUCCUGAAUUCUCUAGUAUUUUGGUACCAAACGUCGACAACAUCCGAACGGAUUACCUUAUUCGACUUGUAGGCAAACAGGAGAAGGCUGUUCUCUUAACUGGUGAGCAGGGGACGGCGAAAACGGUCAUGCUUUCAAACUACAUGACUAGUUUUCCAAACGACGCAUAUACUUUUAAAUCCUUGAACUUCUCGUCAGCUACAACGCCGGGACUUUUUCAGAGAACAAUGGAAAGUUUUGUUGAGAAGCGCGUGGGUACAACGUUUGGUCCACCAGCAGGGAAGAAGAUGAUUGUCUUUGUAGAUGACAUCAGCAUGCCAAUGAUCAACGAAUGGGGUGAUCAGGUGGCGAAUGAGAUUGUUCGCCAAACUAUGGAAAUGAGAGGUUUCUACAGCCUAGACAAACCUGGUGAAUUCACCAACAUUGUUGACGUUCAAUUUCUGGCAGCUAUGAUUCACCCUGGUGGUGGUCGUAAUGACAUACCAGAACGUCUGAAGCGACAGUUCGCCUGUUUCAAUUGCACCCUUCCAAGUAACAACUCCAUUGACAAGAUAUUCAGCACGAUUGGUUUGGGUCACUACUGUCGGGCGCGUGGAUUUACUGAGGAAGUGAUAAAUAUGGUGCGGGAUCUGGUCCCAUUUGUGCGGCGGGUUUGGCAACAAACCAAAAUCAAGAUGCUUCCUACACCAGCUAAAUUUCAUUACAUUUUUAACCUGCGUGAUCUCAGUCGAAUAUGGCAAGGCAUUAUCUAUGGUACCAGCGAAGUAUUCACAACACCAGACUUGCUAAUCAAACUGUGCAAGCACGAGGUGACACGAGUCAUCGCGGAUCGUUUCAUUGAUCCGACGGAUCUGGCUUGGUUUGACAAAAACUUCAACCGUACUCUGGAGGAUAUGAUGAGCGAAGAUGUUGUCGCUUAUGCUCAAGAUGAAGUCUUCUUUGUUGACUUUAUGAGAGAUCCACCAGAGGCGACAGGUGAAGAGGGUGAGGAUUUCGAUUUCUCUGCUCCGAAAAUAUAUGAACCCGUAUUUGACCUAAGAGUUCUGGUGGACCGCCUCAACAACUUCCUGAGGGAGCGCAAUGAAUCAGUUCGUGGAGCGCCGUUGGACAUUGUUUUCUUUAGAGAUGCGGUGAUUCAUCUGGUGAAGGUGUCGAGAAUCAUCCGAACACCUCGUGGAAACUGUCUCCUAGUAGGAGUUGGCGGCUCUGGUAAACGAUCCGUUACGCGUCUUGCAACCUACAUCGCCGAAUAUGUCGACUUUAAUAUUGUCCUUACAAGAUCUUACAACGUGAAUGAUUUCUUGGAUGAUUUGAGAUCUCUUUAUCGCAAAGCUGGUCAGGAGGGAAAAGGGGUAACCUUUAUUUUCACGGAUUCUGACGUAAAGGAUGAGGCCUUUCUUGAGUAUAUGAACAAUAUGCUUACUUCUGGGACAGUUUCAGGUCUCUUCAGCCGAGAUGAUAUUGACGACAUCUUGAAUGCUCUUAUUCCCAUUAUGAAGAAGGAGUUUCCUCGUCGUCCACCGGAUAUCGAAACUCUCAAUGAUUACUUUUUCCAACGUAUUCGUAAGAAUCUCCACAUCUGUCUUUGCUUUUCGCCCAUUGGUAAACGGUUCCGCACCUGGGCUCUAUACUUCCCUGGUCUCAUCUCAGGCUGCACUAUCGACUGGUUCCAUAAGUGGCCAAAAGACGCUCUUUUGGCAGUAGCACAACAGUACCUAGGCAGUUUUAAUAUUGAAAGCUCGCCUUCGGUAAAGGAGAAUGUCAUUGAUUUGGUCGCUUCUGUUCACGACGGCGUCGCUGUCAAGUGUGAGCAGUACUUUGAACGCUAUCGCCGCACUGCUCAUGUGACACCCAAGUCGUACAUAUCUUUUCUCAGUGGUUACAGCAAGGUAUAUGAUCAACAACUCUCCAGUAUACAGUCUCUUAUUAACAGGCUAUCAUCUGGUCUGCAAAAACUUGAUGAAGCCCAAGAGUCGAUUGCCAAGUUGAGUGUUGAAUUGGUUGAAAAGAAGAAAGAACUUCAGAUAGCUAACGCUGAAGCAGAAGUUGUUCUAGCGGAUGUGAUGCAGCAGACUCAAGCUGCUGAACAAGUGAAGAAUAAAGUGCUGGUUGUAAAGAAUAAAUGUGAAACAAUUGUUAGUAGCAUUGCAGCGGAAAAGUUAAUAGCGGAGGAGAAGUUGGCAGAUGCUAAACCGGCUUUAGAAGAGGCUGAGGCGGCGCUUAAUACCAUAAAGCCUGGCGACAUUGCUACUGUAAGGAAAUUAGCCAAGCCGCCUCAUCUUAUCAUGCGCAUUAUGGACUGUGUACUGCUCCUAUUCCAACGUCCUCUCCUUCCGUUUCAAGAGGAUCCCGAUCGCCAUGGUUGCAUGAAGCCCUCUUGGAAUGAUUCGCUCAAACUUAUGGCGAAUACCAACUUCCUCCAGAGCCUUCUGAAUUUCCCCCGAGACUAUAUAACAGAAGAGACGGUUGAUUUGAUGGAACCAUAUUUUAUGGCAGAAGAUUACAAUCUAGAAACCGCAAAAAAGGUAUGCGGAAACGUAGCAGGUCUGUGUUCUUGGACAACAGCUAUGGAGAAGUUUUAUUGGAUCAAUCGGGAAGUCAUCCCCUUGAAAGACAAUCUGGCCAAACAAGAAAUCAAAUUAAAUGCUGCCAAGACUGAUUUAGCCAAGGCGGAAGCGGUUUUGGAGGAGAAGGAGAGACAGCUAGCAGUUGUGCGUGCUCUAUUUGAGAAGGCGAUGUUGAGAAAGAAAGAACUGGCAGAGGACGCUGAGUCUUGUCAGAAACGCAUAGCUACGGCCACUACCCUAAUCGACGGACUCUCAGGCGAGAAGGUACGUUGGACAGAGGAGACUCGCACUCUUGGAGAUCAGGUCAUUCGGCUCGUAGGAGAUGUUCUCAUGGCCACUGCCUUUCUAUCGUACUGUGGGUGUUUUAACCAGGACUUCAGGAAUCGAAUUAUUAACUCUUGGGUGAAGAGUCUCUUGAAAAUGAAGAUUCCUCAUACUCACAAUCUUGAUCUCAUCAACAUGCUAACUGAAGGUCCAACGAUCGCCGAAUGGAACUUGGAGGGCCUUCCCAGUGAUGAUUUAUCAGUUCAAAAUGCGAUCAUCGUCACGCAGGCUACAAGGUAUCCCCUAUUAAUUGAUCCACAGAGUCAGGGUAAGAACUGGAUCAUAAGGCACGAGGCUGCUCACAACAUGUUGGUAACUACUCUUGAACAUCGGUACUUCAGAACGCAUUUGGAGGACUCUUUAUCACAAGGACGUCCACUUCUUAUUGAGAAUAUCGGUGUGGAUUUGGAUCCCGUUCUUGAUAACAUCUUUGAUAAGAAUUUCCUUAAAUCCGGCACUGGAUGGAAGGUCAAGGUCGGAGACAAGGAGGUGGAGAUGAGCCCGGGUUUCACGCUUUACAUUACCACAAAGCUACCUAAUCCAGCCUACAGCCCCGAGAUAUUUGCUCGAACAUCGUUAAUCGACUUCACAGUCACAAGCAAAGGUCUUGAAGACCAGCUACUAGCUCGCGUCAUUCAAACCGAAAAAGAGGAACUUGAACAGAUGAGAAUAAAUCUGGUCGCUCAGAUGACAGCAAACAAGAGACGCAUUCUCGAUUUGGAGGACAACUUAUUGAUGCGAUUAGCAAGCACUAAGGGCUCUCUAGUAGACGACCAGGGUCUUGUGGACGUGCUUCAGACCACCAAGUCGACCUCUAUCGAGGUCUCGGAGCAGAUUGCAUUGGCACAAGAAACGGAGACCGAGAUAACUGCUGCAAGAGAGGAAUACCGUCCAGUAGCUGCCCGAGGCUCUCUCCUCUACUUCCUGCUUAGCGAAGUCUCUGCGGUGAAUCCCAUGUAUCAGACAGGUCUGGGUCGAUUCCUCAAGCUCUUUGAUGAAUCGAUGGAGCUCUCUGAAAAGUGUGUUGUCACUGCUCGACGAAUCAUAAAUAUAAUUGAAUAUAUGACCUACAGUGUGUGGUCCUUUGCGGUUCGGGGCAUGUUUAAGCUGGACAAGACGAUGACCACACUCAUGUUGGCGCUUCGUAUUGAUCUCCAAAGAAAGGCCGUUCGACACGAAGAAUUUAUGGUCUUUAUACAGGGAGGAUCUGCGUUAGAUCUCAAGACGUGUCCGCCCAAGCCAGGAAAGUGGAUAACUGAUCUGACAUGGUUGAAUCUGGUGGCCCUUUCAAAGCUUACCGAAUUCAGUAAUAUCGUUCAGCAGGUAACCAGUACAGAGAAGCAAUGGCGCCAGUGGUUCGAUAAGGAGGCUCCGGAAGAAGAGACCAUCCCUUGCGGCUACGAGCACACACUCGACGUCUUUCGUCGCCUUCUGCUCAUACGUUCUUGGUGUCCAGAUAGAGCUCUUCAACAGGCCAAGAAGUACAUCGUUCAUUCUCUCGGCCAGAGCUACAUUGAGGAUGUCCCUGUCAAUAUCAUAGACCUUUCAAAUGAAGCGGAUGCAAGAACGCCUCUAUGCGGUCUCCUUAGCAUGGGUGCUGAUCCAACUCCCUUUAUUGAACACGCGGCUCGUAAGCUUCGGAUCAACCUAGGAGUGGUUUCAAUGGGCCAGGGACAAGAGGUUCAUGCGCGUCGGCUACUAAAAACAGCAGUUACUGAGGGCACCUGGGUGCUAUUGCAGAAUUGUCAUCUUUGUAUUGAAUAUGUACAGGAAUUGUUUGAGAUGCUCACCAGUAUGGGUGAUGUCAAUCCCAAAGGCAAGGCUAAAGAGGGAACUGAUGGAGCCGGUGGUGGUGACAUUGGAGUUCAAGGAGAGGCAGGUGGUGGUGGAGGCGGGAACGAAGGAGGUGGCGGUGGGAGCGGACCCAGUGCACCGGAUUCCUUUGUGUCAGCACCUUCCAAAUCAGGGUUUGUCCAUGAUCAGUUUCGGCUCUGGAUCACUACUGAGGAGCACAAGAAAUUCCCAAUCAAUCUCCUUCAGAUUGCCAUCAAGUUCACUAAUGAACCACCAGAGGGCAUCAAGGCGAACCUUACACGCACCUAUCUUGGUAUCACGCAGGACUUUUUGGAGAUUUGUGUCACCAAUCAUUGGCGCAUUAUUCUGUACUCUUUGGCUUACCUUCACUGCACGGUUCAGGAGAGGCGCAAAUAUGGACCUCUGGGUUGGUGCAUCCCCUACGAAUUUAAUCAAUCUGACUUCAAUGCCAGUGUACAGUUUCUACAAAAUCAUCUUGACACUUUGCAGUUCAAGAAGGGUCAGAAGAUUAGCGGAAUCGAUUGGAAAUGUACCUGCUACAUGAUUUCGGAGAUACAGUACGGUGGAAGGGUGACCGACGAUUUUGAUCUUCGACUGCUUAAGUGUUUGACUCGUAACAACUUCCAAGAAGCGAUGUUUUUGCCGGAAUAUACCAUGGUUGAACAUUACCCCAUUCCUCUCUUCGGAACAGUAACUGAUUACCUCAACUACAUAAAAAAUGACCUGCCUCCAAGGGACAGUCCCGAGGCGUUCGGUCUCCACACCAAUGCUGACAUUAACUACUCGACACAAACUACGCGUCGAAUUUUGGCGACCAUUGUCUCCAUUCAACCGAAAGAUGACUCCGGCGAUUCAGGGGAUGGAAAGGAUGAGGAUGAUAGCGAUACUGGUGGAACUCAUAAACCGGCUGUAGAGACUCGUGAAACCAUUGUUCACCGGAUCUGUACUGAGCUCCUGAAGAAGCUUCCACCGCCAUAUGUACCCUUCCAAGUAGCUGAGCAAUUGAAAGCUCUUGGUGCCUUGAAACCUUUAAACAUUUUCCUUCGCCAAGAGGUUCAGAGAAUGGAUAAAGUAAUUAAACUGGUUCUCACCACCCUGACAGAUCUUCGGCUAGCUAUUGAUGGAACUGUUGUGAUGAACGAGGAUCUCCGAGACGCUUUGGAUUGCAUCUAUGAUGCCCAAGUUCCUGCAUAUUGGAUAAAGUCAUCCUGGGAUUCUUCAACUCUCGGAUUCUGGUUCUCUGAGCUUUUGGAACGGAACACCCAAUUUUCAACAUGGUUGGAGAAAGGCCGUCCGCUCUACUUCUGGAUGACAGGUUUUUUCAAUCCCCAGGGCUUCCUUACUGCAAUGCGCCAGGAGAUAAGUCGUUCUCAUGAGGGUUGGUCGCUGGACUCUGCAGUGCUUUCAAGCCACGUGACCAAACUCAGCGUAGACGAGGUACGAGAGCCACCGCCUGAAGGUGUUUUUGUUUACGGCCUCUUCAUCGAGGGUGCCGCCUGGGAGCGUAGGUCUGGACGGUUGAUCGAGGCUCGUCCGAAGAUCCUCUACGAACCCAUGCCCGUAAUUCAUCUGUUCGCAGUACAGGAGGGUAAGAAGACUGUGGUGGGACGGCCGCCUUAUGCCUGUCCUAUUUAUCGCAAACCCAAACGAACCGACCUCACAUACGUUACAUCGCUGGAUCUGAGCUGUUCAAAGAAUCCAGACCAUUGGAUCAAAAGGUCCGUCGCUCUCCUCUGUGACAUCAAGUAG